AUGCUUUUGGGAGUAGCUGUGAGCGCAAACCUUUUGAAAUCAGAUCAGCAAUAUGAGAAAAUUGUUCGAAACAAAUUUAUUCUCCUUACGGCGGGAAAUGAAAUGAAAUGGGGGUUAUUGGAGCGGGCUCCUGGCGAAAUCAACUUUCGGGACGCUGAUCAAAUUUACGACUACGUAAAGACGCAUAAAAAAUUCCUUCGGAUCCACACGUUCUUCGCCCAAUCACAAAUUCCAGAUUGGAUUGCGAAUUUGGAGUCACACCAAGUGAAGGCUGCCAUGGUCAAUAUCUUGGACAAGGUUAUACAGCGAUAUUCUGAACGGGCGAUAGCAGUAGAUGUUUGUAACGAGAUCUUCGAAGAGAGCGGCGCCCUACGCAACACGAUUUGGGUCCAGAAACUAACUGGAGAUUUCAUCGAAUUUGUGUAUACAAGGGCCAGGCAGUUGACCAAGAAGUACAACAAAAAUCUGCUUCUCUACCUCAAUGACUAUGGUAUUGAAGGGAUAGGCCCCAAGUCCGAUGCAAUGCUAAACUUGGCUACCCAGCUUAACAAGAAAGGAAUUCUGGAUGCGGUCGGAUUUCAAGGUCACUUUAUCGUGGGACAAGUUCCAAAAGAUCUCCGGGAAAACUUGGAGCGCUUUACAAAUGCAGGAUUAAAAGUGGCUAUCACCGAACUGGAUGUUAGAAUUGAAAAUGUUGAUCAGGGUAUUACUCAAGAAAAGCAAGCCCAAAAGGCCAAAGAUUAUAAGUUUGUUCUUGAGACAUGUCAAGAGGUAAAUGGGUGUGUGUCGGUAACAGUUUGGGGAGUAACUCCAAAAGAUUCCUGGAUUGGCAAAUAUGGCUUCUUCCCAGUAACUAUCAAGAAACUCCUGCCAUGA